AUGGACGGUGCACAGACUGCCUUUGAUUCUCAGUAUCCUUACGGUUUUGAAAUCGACAUGAUGAAGCGCUCCAUGGAGCCAGUUGGCGGUCCUGAUGCCAAAAAGGCCCGCUGGUCACCUCCCUUUUCUCAAAAUACCGCCGGAUCUCCUACUGGCUCGUCGCCCCACGACGCCUUUGCCAAUUACGGCUAUGGUCCUCAAGCUGGCAUGGCCCAGCCUGGCUUCAACACGUCUCCUUCUGCGACCCCUUUUGGCCCGAACCAGCUUUACUCGACCCCGCCACUUUCCAUCAACACUCAGACGAAUGGAUCAGGUAUGGGUGGCCAGCUCAGCCCCAAUUCUGCAGCUGGAUUCGCUCAACAACAGCAGCAGCAGCCGAGUCCCGGGGGAGCGUCGCCGUAUGGUGGCUUUGGUACAUACAACAUGUUGGGACUUGGGAUUCCGUCAAUGAACAUGCUAGGGUUCCCAUACAAUGGUCAAAUGCCCAAUUUUUCCCAGGGUUUCGGGCAACAGCGUCUGCCAUCUCUCAACAUUCAUGCUGCUCAUGCCUACACACCAGCUGCCGCCCUCUCUGCCGCCCUCUCGGCGUCUUCAGGAACCCUCCAGGGACGUACGGUGUACAUUGGAAAUCUUCCCGCCACUGCGUCCGUUGACGAACUCCUGAACCUCGUCCAUUUCGGGCCCCUAGAAUCUAUCCGCGUUCUUCCAGAAAAAUCUUGCGUUUUCCUUUCCUUCCUUGAUGGCGGUACUGCUGCUGCUUUUCACGCGGAUGCCACCAUCAAGAAGCUCGCACUCCACGGACAGGAGCUCAAGAUCGGCUGGGGUAAACCCAGCCCAGUCCCCGCCCAGGUAGCCUUAGCAAUCAGUCAGAGCAAUGCCAGCCGGAAUGUAUAUCUCGGCGGAUUAGAUGAGAAUAUGACAGAGGAGCAGCUGCGUGAUGAGUUAAGCAGGUUUGGCUUGAUUGACCAGGUUAAAAUCGUCCGGGACAAGAACAUUGGCUUCGUUCACUUUUUGAGCAUUGCGAUUGCCACCAAGGUUGUUAAUACGCUUCCUACGGAACCGAACUGGGCAGGCAAACGUGUCAACUACGGCAAGGACCGAUGCGCUUAUAUUCCCAAAUCGCAGCAGGCCGCCGCCCAACAGGCGCAAGCUGCUGCUGCCCAGUCUUUGAUCGCUCAGACGGCUUCGCCUCAGACGGCUAUGCACUCGCCAAUGAGUGCCAACCCGAAUGGAUUCAACAACCCCUUCAGCCCCUAUAAUCCCUUCUCGCCGUCUGUAGACGCGCUCAUGGCUGCCGGUGCUGGAGCAGGCAUGCAAGGAUUGAACCGAACCGUUUAUCUGGGUAAUAUCCACCCAGAGACCUCGACCGAGGACCUGUGCAAUUCGAUCAGGGGUGGUGUCCUGCAGAGCAUACGAUACAUGCAGGAUAAGCAUAUCGCUUUCGUCACAUUUGUCGACCCUGCUGCGGCCUUCACAUUCUUCCAGGUGGCAUCAUACCAGGGCAUGACAAUCAACAACAGGCGGCUGAAGAUUGGAUGGGGAAAGAAUUCCGGCGCUCUUCCCCCUACCUUGGCUCUUGCCGUUCACUCGGGCGCCACGAGGAAUGUGUACAUUGGAAACGUCGAGGACUUUGAGACGUUCACGGAGGAGCGACUGAAGAGGGACUUUGGAGAAUAUGGUGACAUCGAGCUGGUCAACUUUCUCAAGGAAAAGAACUGUGCCUUUGUCAACUUUACGAACAUAUCCAACGCGAUCAAGGCCAUUGAGGCCAUCAAGAGUAAGCCCGAAUAUGCCAACUUGAGAGUCGCGCAUGGGAAGGAUCGGUGCGCGAACCCUCCGAGAUCAGGACCACAAGGGGCAUCUGGUGGACGGAGGUCUGCGUCGGCUGUGGGCGCUCCCGAAGAUAUGGAGGGCGUUGAGAGUGGGGAUGGGGAUGACGCCGCCAACGUCGAGCCGAUGACGGCAUAGAUGGUAUUUCUUCUUCAACUAUGGAUUGGAUCGUAAUUCAAGGAUACCCCUUCCCCUUCACCUCCUACCCACUGUCGGAUGCGAUGAAUCGAAAAAGGGGUAUUCCCAGUCGCACUGCAUCUGGGGGCUUGGGGUUGGUUUUUGGUUUGGAAUUUUCUCUUUGAGCCAGAGAACCACCCCCUUGGGCUAUUGGUUGUCAUUUCUUUAUCACCUUCGUGUUUUCAUUCCAUCCUUUUUCAUUCUUCCCUUUUUCCUUAAUUAUUCAGAAAAUACCUGUUUAUUCCAUUAACUUGUGUGCGAAUAUCGUAUCAUAUCUUUACUCUCUUUCGCCUAUCUAGCGGGUGGUCCUUUCGUUUUCUUACUUAUGCUCUCCCCGUUCCCCUUCUC